AUGGUCUCUUUCUCGUCUCUCGCCGUUGCUUUCUCCAUCGCCUCCGGGGCCCUCGCUGCUCCUAAUGGCAUGUUGGAGCUGUUCAAGCGCCAACAGAUUACCAGCUCCGAGACUGGCACCAACAACGGAUACUACUAUUCCUUCUGGACCGACGGCGGCGGCCAGGUGACCUACACCAACGGUGAUGCCGGUGCUUACAGUGUCGAAUGGUCCAACAGUGGCAACUUUGUGGCUGGAAAGGGCUGGAACCCUGGAAGCUCUCAAACCAUCACCUACAGCGGCGAGUGGAACCCCAACGGAAACAGCUACCUGUCAGUCUACGGCUGGACCCAGAACCCGCUGGUCGAGUAUUACAUUGUUGAAUCGUUCAGCACCUACGAUCCUUCCACCGGCGCCCAGGAGCUCGGCACCGUGGAGACCGACGACGGCACCUACAAGAUCUACAAGACCACCCGCGAGAAUGCGCCGUCUAUCGAAGGCACUGCGACCUUCAACCAGUACUGGUCGGUCCGCACCGACCACCGCGUGGGCGGUACCGUCACCACGCAGAACCAUUUCGAUGCUUGGAAAAAUGCUGGCCUCGAGAUGGGAACCGCCAACUACAUGAUUGUCGCGACCGAGGGCUACCAGUCGAGCGGAUCGGCCUCCAUCACUGUGCAGUAA